AUGCUGGACCCAUCCUCCAGUGAAGAAUCCGGAGGUGAACUUCCUCCUGAGAAUGAACCACCAGUCAAAACUGAAAAACCCUCUAAAAAGCUCCCUAGGUCUGAAAAAACCCCAGGAGCUCCGCGUACACAAAACAAGAAACCACCAUCUCCAUCUCCUGAUGAGAACAAAAAUGAACAGGAAAGACUUCAGAAAGAAGAAUCGGAGAGGAAAAUCAAACUACAGAUUUACGUGUUUGUGCUCCGGUGCAUAGCAUAUCCUUUUAAUGCCAAACAACCAACGGAUAUGGCACGACGACAGCAAAAGAUCAACAGGCAGCAGCUGCAGGCAGUGAAGGAACGUUUCCAGGCAUUCCUGAGAGGAGACACACAGAUCGUAGCUGAUGAGGCAUUCUGCAAUGCUGUGCGGAGUUACUAUGAGGCAAGGCUUUCUUAUUUUAAGCACUUGGUUCUUCUGGAAAUGCCUAAUUAA